GGGCAUAUUUUUUUUAUUAAUUUUUUUUUUCAUGGUUACAAGAUGUAGUAGUAUACACAUACUGUCACUCCCCCUACUCCCCCUCCUUAAAACCUAGGGUUGGGUCAAGUUUUAUAAGUCCUUGUGAUUUAAUCAAUUCGAUCCCAUAUCACGACAUAUCGUACGAUUUAGUCAUGGGGAUCGAAUACCCACUUCGUGUUCUUCUCAUUGGCAAUGGCGGGAGAGAACAUGCAAUUGCGUGGAAGCUCAGCCAGUCGCCUCUGGUAGAGUCGAUCAUAGCUGUGCCAGGAAAUGGAGGCACUGCGACUUGUCCCAAAACUACCAACAAUACUUCCGUUUCGGCAGAAGACUUCCCAGCUUUGCUUGAACUAGCAAAAGCUAACAAUGUUAACUACGUGGUUCCCGGUCCCGAGGCUCCUCUCGUUGCAGGUGCCGUUGACUUUUUCGAGAAUGCGGGUAUUAAGAGCUUUGGUCCCUCCAAGAAGGCUGCUCAGAUGGAGGGCAGCAAGACAUUCUCUAAAGACUUCAUGAAGAAGCAUGGAAUACCUACCGCCGCUUACGAGAACUUCUCCGACUACGAUAAGGCUCGAGAGUACCUCGACCGCGUCCAACACGACGUUGUGAUCAAGGCAAGCGGACUAGCAGCUGGAAAAGGUGUUAUUAUACCCACAUCGAAGCAGGAGGCCCACCAGGCCCUCAAGGAUAUCAUGCAAAACAAGGAAUUCGGCUCUGCGGGAGAUGAAGUCGUUAUCGAGGAAUUCUUAACUGGUGACGAGUUAAGCAUUCUGACUUUCAGCGACGGCUACACCAUAAAGUCGCUACCUCCCGCCCAAGAUCAUAAGAGAAUAGGAGAGGGAGACACAGGCCUAAACACGGGCGGCAUGGGAUGCUAUGCGCCAACAAACAUUGCUACGCCAGACCUCGUAGCGCAAAUUGACCGAGAUAUCAUCCAGCCGACCAUCGACGGUAUGCGCAAGGAUGAGAUGCCUUUUGUUGGUGUUCUUUUCACUGGACUCAUGAUCACCUCGACCGGGCCUAAGGUUCUCGAGUACAAUGUCCGAUUCGGUGACCCGGAGACGCAGACCGUCUUGCCUUUAUUGUCACAAGACACGGACUUGGCUAAGAUCAUGGUCGCUUGUUCAGAGCGUUACCUAGAUAGCGUUCUGAUUAACGUCGAGCCCAAAUAUAGUGCAACCGUAGUCGUCGCUGCUGGAGGUUAUCCCGAGUCCUACGCCAAGGGCGACGAGAUAAUCGUACAGAACACUCCUCAAGACAUCAACAUUUUCCAUGCCGGCACAAAGCUAGCAAAUGGCAAAUUACAGACUGCAGGUGGUCGAGUAAUAGCCGCCACCGCAACGGCCGCGGAGAGUCUUCGCGCUGCGGUUGACAGAGCUUAUGAGGGGGUAAACCUCAUCCAGUUCAAGCAGAUGUACUACCGCCGGGAUAUUGCGCACCGUGCCUUCAAGCCGACGGCUGAUACUAAGGAAGCUCUGACAUAUGCUGAGGCUGGUGUUAGCAUUGACGCCGGGAACCAGCUCGUCGAGCGGAUACGAACCGCCGUCAGAUCAACUAGGAGAGCCGGAGCGGACGCCGAAAUCGGUGGCUUUGGAGGCGAAGUUGAUCUGUCCAAAGCGGGUUUCUCGAGCGAUGCCCCCAUCAUGGUCGGCGCUAUCGAUGGCGUUGGCACAAAACUCAUGAUUGCGCAGGCUACUAAGAAUCACAGCACCGUGGGCGUUGACCUCGUUGCUAUGAACGUUAACGACCUUGUCGUUCAAGGUGCCGAGCCCGUCAUGUUCCUCGACUACUUCGGUUGCAGCCGCCUCGACCCCGAAGUCGCCGCCGUCUUCGUCGAGAGUGUCGCCGCUGGUUGCCGUGAUGCUGGAUGUGCUCUCGUCGGUGGCGAAACCGCUGAGAUGCCAGGAAUGUACAAGGAAGAUGAUUACGACGCUGCUGGCGCUGCUAUCGGCGUCAUGCGCGCAAGUAGCCGACUCCCUCGCCUCGAAGCCAUGGCCGACGGCGACGUCUUGCUAGGUCUCGCUUCCUCCGGCGUUCAUUCCAACGGGUUCUCUCUUGUCCGCCGCAUCCUCGCACGCGAGAAGCUCGACUACGCGAGCCCCGCUCCCUGGGACGCCACAUCCGGCAAGAGCGUAGGUGAGGCCCUCCUCACGCCCACCCGCAUCUACGUGCGCUCGGUCCUAGCCUCCCUCUCCCACCUCAAGGGCCUCGCGCACAUCACCGGCGGCGGCCUGACCGAGAACGUCCCGCGCAUGCUGCCCGCGCACCUCGCCGCCGAGAUCGACGUGGCCGCGUGGAAGCUGCCCCCCGUGUUCCGCUGGCUGCAGGCCGCGGGCAACGUGGCGCCCGCGGAGAUGGCGCGCACGUUCAACAACGGCGUCGGCAUGGUGGCCGUCGUGAGCCCCGGCGACGCCGAGGCCGUGGCCGCCAAGCUCAGGGAGUCCGGCGAGACGGUGUACGUUAUUGGAAAAUUGACGACUAGGGCGGAGGGCGCGCCGGCUUGCGUGCUGAAGAAUUUGGAUUCGUGGAGUUAGAGGUGGAUAAAGUUACUACCUUGCUUAACUUAACCUGAGGGGACUUAGAUAAAAAAAGAGAAGAAAGAAAAAAAGAGAAGAAAGAAAAAAAG